GCGCGACGCGCGGAAGGAGUUCGCGCGACGACUUCGGGGUCGGCGGGCGGGGCGAGGGCCUGGACGGCGGCGGCAGCGGCGCUCUUCCUUCUCCUUUCCAGACCCAUAGCCGCGUCGGCACCAUGUCAGCUUACACUAAAAGCUACAAUCCGUUCGACGACGACGGGGAGGACGAAGGCGCCCGGCCAGCCCCUUGGAGGGACGCCCGAGACCUCCCCGACGGGCCCGACGCGCCCGCAGACAGGCAGCAGUACUUGCGGCAGGAGGUCCUCCGCAGGGCUGAGGCCACGGCCGCUAGCACCAGCAGGUCCCUGGCCCUCAUGUACGAGUCCGAGAAGGUUGGGGUCGCCUCUUCCGAGGAGCUCGCCCGUCAGCGAGGAGUCCUGGAGCGCACAGAAAAGAUGGUGGACAAGAUGGACCAAGAUUUGAAGACCAGCCAGAAACACAUCAAUAGCAUUAAGAGUGUGUUUGGGGGGCUCGUCAAUUACUUCAAAUCCAAACCAGUAGAGACCCCACCUGAACAGAAUGGCACCCUCGCCUCCCAGCCCAACAGCAGAUUGAAAGAAGCCAUAAGUACAAGUAAAGAACAGGAAGCAAAGUACCAGGCCAGCCACCCAAACCUUAGAAAGCUGGAUGAUACAGACCCUGUCCCCAGAGGGGCUGGUUCUGCCAUGAGUACCGAUGCUUACCCAAAGAACCCACACCUUCGAGCCUAUCACCAGAAGAUCGACAGCAACCUAGAUGAGCUGUCCAUGGGACUGGGCCGUCUGAAGGACAUAGCCCUGGGGAUGCAGACAGAAAUUGAGGAGCAAGAUGACAUUCUUGACCGGCUGACAACCAAAGUAGACAAGUUAGAUGUCAACAUAAAAAGCACAGAAAGAAAAGUUCGACAACUCUGAAGACAGACGGAUUUCCACUCUAUUGUGAUGAAAAGAUUUGAAAGAUCUUUUUUUGAACUUCCAAGAAAUUUCAUUUACUAUUUUAGUAUGUAAAUUAAUGUGUGUUUGCAAAUGUUAUAAUAGAGUAGGUCUUAAGACA